AUGAUGACAAUCCUGAAAGAGAUGUUUAGAGAGCAAAGUCGUGCUGCUAAGUCAGACACGAUGAGAACUUUGUUAAAUAUAAAGAUGGUUGAAGGAUCUCCAAUGAGGGAGCAUUGUUUGGUGAUGAUAGCCAUGCUCAACACACUAGAGUUAAGGCUAAAUGAGUUGAUGGACAAAAAGGAAUACACAUUUGCAGAACUGAUGAAUGAGUUGAUCGGUGCGAAAAACAUCCUAAAGUCCAAAGUCAUAGUUAACUUUGCUCAUGCUUCUGAUAAAGGACCAAAAGGUUCAAAGAAGCAUCUUAAACCAGUUGCAAACUUGUUGUCAAAAAGUUUAAGAAAUAUGGCAAAUGGACAAAAGGCAAGAAAGUGGUAA